GUUUCCUUUCAUUUCGUGACAGUGGCUUGAAGGGUUUUGUUUUCAGGAGACAGAGACCCAUUCGGGUCUGGCUGCUCAGGAAGGCAUGCUGGGGAUGGCGGCAGAGCCCAGCUUAGGGAGAUCAGAAGGGGGCUUUGGGAGCAGCCAGUCCUGUUCUGAAGGUGGGCCUGGGUCCUGCCUGCAGCCUCCCACAGCAGGCGUGUUAGGUCUAAGGGAGGAAGGAAGGGGACUUGACCUCAGCAUGAGUGUGAAAUGGGUGCCCUCAUGGAGUCAAUGCCCAGGCAGGGGAUGCCUCUGAAAAGCGCCAGGCCAGCUGGAGAGGAAAGGGCAGGCAUCAGCGAGGAAGUGUGGGGGAUUAGCUGCAGAGUUCCUGGGUUCUUUUUCACUUUAUCUCUUUUGUGGCACAUGAUCUUCAAACUAGAAACAGGAGCAAAGACGUUUUUAAAAAUACGGUUGACAGAACUGCAAACCGCAUAGGGUCUAACUGGCCACCAAACCUGCUGGGCCUCCAUGGGUGGAUGCUGUGGAGGAGAUGUGGGAGUGACAUUGCACAGUGCUGCUGUUCGGAGCCCUGGCCUUGCUGGAGGAGCACCUUGCUCCUCGGCCCCACUCUGAUCCCCUGAAGCUCAUGCAGAAGUGGACAUUUAUCCCAACUCAGUUUCCUGGUGUUGGCCUGUCAAGACUUGCCUGUUUCCGGCCUCCAGCUUGGUCCAUGCUCCUCAGGCUCUGAGUAGCUGACAGUUGGUGCUCACGGUGUCCACGUCAUCUGUGACGUUACCCAGGACAGGACGGGCUCAUCCGCCAGCACAUCCCCUAGUGUAUGGUGCCACCUUGCCUUCGGCUCACCAAGCACAUUUCUUCAACCUGGUCAUCCCAUCACCUCAAAGUGAGGAUGCCAUGAGGAAAGCUGGCGUGGCACACAGUAAAUCCAGCAAGGAUAUGGAGAGCCAUGUGUUCCUGAAGGCCAAGACCCGGGAUGAAUACCUUUCUCUCGUGGCCAGGCUCAUUAUCCAUUUUCGAGACAUUCAUAACAAGAAAUCUCAAGCUUCCGUCAGUGAUCCUAUGAAUGCACUCCAGAGCCUGACUGGCGGACCCGCCGCGGGAGCCGCCGGAAUUGGCAUGCCUCCUCGGGGCCCGGGACAGUCUCUGGGCGGGAUGGGUAGCCUUGGUGCCAUGGGACAGCCAAUGUCCCUCUCAGGGCAGCCGCCUCCUGGGACCUCGGGGAUGGCCCCUCACAGCAUGGCUGUCGUGUCUACGGCAACUCCACAGACCCAGCUGCAGCUCCAGCAGGUGGCGCUGCAGCAGCAGCAGCAACAGCAGCAAUUCCAGCAGCAGCAGCAGGCGGCGCUACAGCAGCAGCAGCAGCAGCAACAGCAGCAGUUCCAGGCUCAGCAGAGUGCCAUGCAGCAGCAGUUCCAAGCAGUAGUGCAGCAGCAGCAGCAGCAGCUCCAGCAGCAGCAGCAGCAGCAGCAGCAUCUAAUUAAAUUACAUCAUCAAAAUCAGCAACAGAUACAGCAGCAGCAGCAGCAGCUGCAGCGAAUGGCACAGCUGCAGCUCCAGCAACAGCAACAGCAGCAGCAGCAGCAGCAGCAACAGCAGCAGCAGCAGGCUUUGCAGGCCCAGCCGCCAAUUCAGCAGCCACCGAUGCAGCAGCCACAGCCUCCGCCCACCCAAGCUCUGCCCCAGCAGCUGCAGCAGAUGCAUCAUCCACAGCACCACCAGCCGCCACCACAGCCCCAGCAGCCUCCUGUUGCUCAGAACCAACCAUCACAACUCCCACCACAGUCACAGACCCAGCCUUUGGUGUCACAGGCACAAGCUCUCCCUGGACAAAUGUUGUAUACCCAACCACCACUGAAAUUUGUCCGAGCUCCGAUGGUGGUGCAGCAGCCCCCCGUGCAGCCCCAGGUGCAGCAGCAGACGGCAGUACAGACAGCUCAGGCUGCGCAGAUGGUGGCUCCCGGAGUCCAGAUGAUCACGGAAGCCUUGGCCCAAGGUGGGAUGCACAUAAGAGCCCGGUUCCCGCCUACCACCGCUGUGUCCGCCGUCCCGUCAAGCUCCAUCCCUUUGGGCAGACAGCCCAUGGCACAGGUCAGCCAGAGCAGCCUCCCCAUGCUGUCCUCGCCAUCACCGGGCCAGCAGGUGCAGACCCCACAGUCGAUGCCCCCUCCCCCGCAGCCAUCCCCGCAGCCUGGCCAGCCCGGCUCACAGCCCAACUCCAACGUCAGCUCCGGCCCUGCCCCGUCCCCCAGUAGCUUCCUGCCCAGCCCUUCACCACAGCCCUCCCAGAGCCCAGUGACGGCGCGGACCCCACAGAACUUCAGUGUCCCCUCACCUGGACCUUUAAACACACCUGUGAACCCCAGCUCUGUCAUGAGCCCAGCCGGCUCCAGCCAGGCCGAGGAGCAGCAGUACCUGGACAAGCUGAAGCAGCUGUCCAAGUACAUCGAGCCCCUGCGUCGCAUGAUCAACAAGAUCGACAAGAACGAAGACAGAAAAAAGGACCUGAGUAAGAUGAAGAGCCUUCUGGAUAUUCUGACAGAUCCCUCGAAGCGGUGUCCCCUGAAGACGUUGCAAAAGUGUGAGAUCGCCCUGGAGAAACUCAAGAAUGACAUGGCGGUGCCCACUCCCCCACCGCCCCCGGUGCCACCGACCAAACAGCAGUACCUAUGCCAGCCGCUCCUGGACGCCGUCCUGGCCAACAUCCGCUCACCUGUCUUCAACCAUUCCCUGUACCGCACAUUCGUUCCAGCCAUGACCGCCAUUCACGGCCCACCCAUCACGGCCCCGGUGGUGUGCACCCGGAAGCGCAGGCUUGAGGAUGAUGAGCGGCAGAGCAUCCCCAGUGUGCUCCAGGGCGAGGUGGCCAGGCUGGACCCCAAGUUCCUAGUAAACCUGGACCCUUCUCACUGCAGCAACAAUGGCACUGUCCACCUGAUCUGCAAGCUGGAUGACAAGGACCUCCCGAGUGUGCCACCGCUGGAGCUCAGUGUGCCCGCUGACUAUCCUGCCCAAAGCCCGCUGUGGAUCGACCGGCAGUGGCAGUACGACGCCAACCCCUUCCUCCAGUCGGUGCACCGCUGCAUGACCUCCAGGCUGCUGCAGCUCCCAGACAAGCACUCGGUCACCGCCUUGCUCAACACCUGGGCCCAGAGCGUCCACCAGGCCUGCCUCUCAGCCGCCUAGCCAUAACUGCAGGGAUGGCCCACAGCCUCAUCGGGGCCAAGGACACAUGCCUCCUGUCAGACACUUCUAGGUGUUGGCUUCCUUAGAGAGCCUGGGGUUAGGUUAGCUUUCCUGCUUUUAUCUUCUGCCUUGGGGACCUGCCAAACGAAAUCCCACACCUGUACAGAACUGGGAUAGGCGCAGUGGAGCGGGCUGCUUGGGGGGCGUUGGCCGACUUCUUAGAGAAGGCCCUCCAUGUGACUUCCUCCAAGGAGCCAGAUGCGAUCCUCGGGCUGCUCUCACCGUGGCCUGUCCAGGGUCCAGGUCCAUCUCAGCAGCGUGAGGGUGCACUCAGGGUGUUUAGAGCAUCUUGUGUGUGCUAGACACACUGCUACUCGUUUCUAUAGGAGAACACAGAGGACAUAGGAAACCCUUAAAACACACAUGGGAUUCUCUGGUCACAGUUUUGGGUUCAGGCUAUGCUGCUUUGGGCAGGUGCAGCACCCCCCAGGGAAGCCCCCAAGUCCAGGGCACAGGCUGCCUUUUGGAGGGAGUGCUGGCCCAUGGGUGCUGCCGGCUUCCUGCCACCAGCUGGGCCUCAGCCCUCACGGCAUUCCUGCUGAGCACUGUGGAGCACCCAGGGAGCAGGGACAUCGGGGGUCCUGCUGCUGGCACCCCUGCACCGCUGGCAUGAGGGCCAUGUCCCCACUGUGAAGGAUGAAGAGCAAGGCCCUCGGGACCCGCGUCCUCAGAGCACCACACACUGAGCCACCCAGAGAGAAUGGGCCUGGCAGCGGGCCGGGGCCAUGCGGGGAGUGCCUCCCUGUGUUGCCUGCCACUCUGGGCACUGGCCAGCAGCCCUCUGGUGAGAAGAGGUCCCCCCUUUUUAUGUGCACUACCCCACCAUCUGUGAUUAUAAUAAAUUUAUUAUUCCCGUGUU